AUGUCCGGCCCUCUCUUCGGCAUCGUCCCCGCCGGACAGCCUCUCAUCACCGACCCGACCUCCAACCCCUCCCCCGCCUCGUUCCUCUACGCCCUGCCCACGACAAAACCCUUCUCUCACAUCGUCGUCUUCCUCCUCCCCGCCGUCGCCCUGCCCGACAACUCCGCCGCCGCCAUCUACCUCACCACCGCCCGCGAGGCCGCCGCCAGCCCGACGCCAAACUUCCGCUUCCUCGGCGCCAUCGGGCCCGGCAAGGAGAGCGCCAUGUUCAAGGUCGGCGGCAGCGGCGCCGAGGCUGAUGGAGGCGGCUUCAUGAUUGGCAUCUCCGUCGAGCCCGCCGACGGCGUUGGCCAGCGCCUACAAGAGCUUGCCGCCAACAAAGCGAAUGCACCAGCGUCGAACUCUUCCGGCUCAACAACGACAUCGACCGCCGUCCUCGCCCAGCGCAUCAUCCAAAACGCCUUCAACUUCCUCGCCAGCUUCAGCGGCACUGCAGGCCCCGGCGGCGUCGAGGUAGUUCCUUUGCGGGCCUUUGAAGACUGGUGGCGCAAGUUCGAAUCCCGAGUUCGCUCUGAUCCGAGCUUCCUCGAGAAGCAGGCCGACUGA